UCUUCUGGCUGAACGUGAUGAGCUUCGACAUCUGGUGGACCUUUGCACACCUGCGCGCGCAGCCGCCGUCCGAGCGGUCGCUGCGACACCGGUUCAUCCGACACUCGCUGUACGCGUGGGGCGUGCCGCUGGUGAUGACCGGCCUGCUGGCGUUCUUCAACUACGCGCCCACCUCGGUCAUCCCUGACGGCACUAUCGUGCGGCCCGGCAUCGGCGAGGGGCGUUGCUUCUUCGCCAGUCACAAAGCGGGGCUGCUCUACUUCUACAUAACGAUCUUCAUUAUCACGGGGGUCAACGUCGUCUUCUUUCUCGCCACCGCUUGGAAGCUGUACAAAGCUGACCAAGACUCACGAAUUCUUCAGCGGAAGCGCACCGCUCGAGACAGGCUGAGGGUGUACGUCAACCUGUUCAUCAUCAUGGAGGUCAGCUGGAUAGCUGAGUGCCUGUCUGAACUGAUACCUCCGAAGCAAAUCUGGUACUUCACGGACAUCCUCAACGCCUCCCAGGGAAUUGUGAUCUUCUUUCUGUUCAUCGUUCGCUCCUCCUCACGCCGGGCAAUCAAAGACAGAUAUUUGGAGCUCACCAAGCGCGGCUUCAAUCCGUCUGCUGGCCUUAUCUAUCCACCAGGAAAGGACGAGCGGGUACGCGGGUUUGCCAUGAAGCCGCCCUCCUCCCGGACCAAGACAACUGGGGCCAGCAGCUCCGGAACCGAUGGGAAUGCCCAGUCAAGCAACAUACACAUGACCGAUGUCCAGAAAGGUGACAACAUCAAAACGGCGGAGUCGAACGGUGACAGCGGCAAGGCGACGCCAUGCAACCCCGACAAGAGCACCCACGACAAUCCGUGCUAAGUGCGCUGUCCGUCGCCCGUCCGAUGAGCAAACGGCAUGUGUGGGCCGACGGGCCGCUGGAGGGGAGACUGUGGACGCACAGCGUCAUCACUGGGCACGCAGGGCACGUCCCGUCGAUCGUGCCACGCCGCUGAACUGAAGACCGUGCUCCUGUUAAAUCACUGUUGAACUCGUGUGCUUUGACUCGCUCCGCGCUUCUGUUUGCGUCGCUUGUGAAGUAUGCUGGCACGAACUCUCGCUGGGACGGCGCGCCCGUCGAUGCCCGGUGCCGGUGCGCAGCGCUGCCCGGGACGCGGGCUCUCGUGGCGUGUGCCGAUCUACCCACGCAACGGUCGAUGGCGUGCUACGCUGCGAGGAUUUUGUGCCGAGGCAGGCGGCGGUGCUCCGCUGUGUGGUGGCCUGUUUAUGGGCUGUUUUACACUGGCAUCAGCGCUAGCUGAGUAACGAAUAUGUCUGCGUGCCUGAUGGGUUCUAAGCUGCCUGCUCUAUCAUGCCACCAGUUGUUGUUUUGGAAAAAUUCCUUCCAAUGACAGCGUCCUUAGUGAAAUUAAUUUUACACUAGUGCUCUUUUGCCGACUCAAAAUCUGCACGAAGCUUAAAUAUAGCGAGCUAGCUUUACCGUCGUCACUACUGGACACCUGUGGUUGUCUUGCUGAUAUCAUCUGACUGUGCACACCAUAUGAUCACGCAGCAUGCAACACUUGAUGUGAAUUUCAGUUCAAAACUCGUCAAUAACAUGACCAAGAGGCUUUGGGGACCAUGACUCCAUCUGGGGGUGGAGGGACUGAAGUUAAAAGUGGUGGGGCUGUGAUUGCUCAAAACGGCAGUAAAGGUAUUGUGAAUUAACCAAAUGGGCCCUCAAAGCAUCUGUAUGGACCCCCAAACCUAAUAAUGUUCCUAGUCCCAAAGAAGGACCCCUUUGACAGCGAAGUAGGGUCUGUUUUGCUGAUGGGGCUCGCUAUGCUCGCUUUGCCAUUCCUGGGCGAAAUGAAACCGAAGCUCGUCAUUAAGCCAAGCGUUCCCUUCAAAUACGUUGCGGUAUAUUUAUGACGAAAGUCCGAAGGGCAUGAAACACGCAAAGCUGCUACAGGUUUUGAUUGCAUUGGUGCUCGCUGUGUUCCGGUCGAGGUCCCCAACGCUAUGAUAAUCGUUAAGAUUGAUUAAUGUGAUUUGCUGCAGGAAUUAACACGUGCAUGCAUGUAUGCAUGAUUGCAUGCAUGGCCUGCCUGAGCACUUUUAUCCUUGUGCUUUUUGUGCGCUGAAUGUCCAGAUCAUCGAGAGAAUGUAUUAUUGCCAACUGCAUACAUUCCAGCUACUGCUGUGCACUUUAUCAUGUCACAGGGGUACUAUCGAUUUUCCCUUGUUCUGUACGACAUGGAGUUGCGUAUUGCACCUGCGCUGGUGUGUCAGAGUGAGCUUCGACAGACUUGACACGUGAUGUUGAAGUCACUGUCACGGAAACCGUCACGUUUGCCGUAUCUCCGGAGCUCACGCCUUGUGACAGCAUGCUCUUUGGGGCGUCGAGAAAGUUAAGUCAUACGCGCCUUUGCAUUAUGUUGCCGUUGUGCCAAUCGAUAUUAGCGCUGUCAUUGCUCUCCUGAAAAUAUAGGUGAAAC